UCGCAGAGACCAAAAGGACAAGACAGUAAAGUUUUUCCACUAGGGCGCUCAAACAAUGAUCUUAUUUCAGUGCAAAAUGGAUCCCUACACCAGAAGGACAACGUUCACGACAACGACUUCGAGCAGUACCUGUCCGGCCAGUCCAAUCAGAGUAACAGCUACCCUUCAAUGACGGACCCAUACCUCUCCAGCUACUACCCUCCAUCGAUUGGUUUCCCGUACUCCCUCAGUGAGGCACCGUGGUCAACAGGUGGGGAUCCUCCUAUCCCGUACCUCACCCCGUAUGGACAGCUGAGCAAUGGAGACCACCAUUUCAUGCACGAUGCCGUGUUUGGCCAGCCUGGUGGACUUGGAAACAACAUCUACCAACAUCGUUUCAACUUCUUCCCCGAGAACCAUGCCUUCUCCGCCUGGGGCACCAGCGGCUCUCAGGGCCAGCAGACUCAGAACUCUGCCUAUGGAGGUAGCUAUAGCUACCCGCCAAGCUCUCUGGGGGGCACCAUUGUGGAUGGACAGACCGGGUUUCACAAUGAGACUCUGAACAAGGCACCUGGCAUGAACAGCAUUGAGCAGGGCAUGGUGGGGCUAAAGAUAGGUAGCAAUGUCACCGCCUCUGCAGUCAAGACAGUGGGCUCUGUAGUCAAUAGUGUGGGAAUGCCUAGUGCCCUGUCUGGCAAUGGGGGCCCAAGCAUAAGCAUGCCACCCCCGAAACCCACCUCUUGGGCCGCCAUAGCCAGCAAACCUGCCAAACCCCAGCCUAAGACAAAAACCAAGCCUGUGACCAUCAUUGGCGGAGCCCUGCCUCCGCCACCCAUCAAACACAACAUGGACAUCGGCACAUGGGAUAACAAGGGCCCUGUCACAAAGCCCCCGAUGGCUCAGCAAAUCCCAUCUCCUCAGUCCAUCCUUCAACCACAACCCCAACAGCAGCUGCUGCAGCCCAUCCCGGCCCAACCACCGCCUUUAUCCCAAGCCCCCUUCCAAAACCCUCCACCACCACCGCAGCAGCAGCAACAGGCUCCACAAAACCGCUGGGUAGCCCCUCGGAACAGGAACGCUGCCUACGGGCAAGGUGGGGGACCUGAUGGCAAUCCCUUGGGUGGGGCCCAGCCUCAUGCUGCUCCCGGUAGUGACUCCCAUCCAGUGUUGGAGAAGCUCAAAGCCUCCCACAGCUACAACCCCAAGGACUUUGACUGGAACCUGAAAAAUGGACGAGUGUUUAUCAUUAAGAGCUACUCCGAGGACGAUAUCCACCGCUCCAUCAAGUACUCUAUCUGGUGUAGCACAGAGCAUGGGAAUAAGCGUCUAGACAGCGCCUUCCGCUCCAUGAACGCCAAAGGGCCGGUCUACUUGCUCUUCAGCGUCAACGGCAGUGGACAUUUCUGUGGCGUGGCCGAGAUGCGGUCACCCGUCGACUACGGCACCAGCGCCGGUGUCUGGUCGCAGGACAAGUGGAAGGGCAAGUUUGACGUCAAGUGGCUCUUUGUCAAGGACGUCCCGAACAACCAGCUGAGGCACAUCCGCCUGGAGAACAACGACAACAAACCGGUCACAAACUCGCGAGACACGCAGGAGGUGCCCUUAGAAAAAGCGAAAUUAGUGCUUAAAAUCAUUGCCACUUACAAGCACACGACCUCCAUCUUUGAUGACUUUUCUCAUUAUGAGAAGCGCCAGGAGGAGGAAGAGGUCGUGCGCAAGACUGGCAGUGGCAUCCGAGAGAGGAACUGCUAGCAAACGAGAGGGAGAAGAAGGUUUGGAAGGAGUGCCAGACCCGAAGCAAACCCUAAGGACACGGCUUCACCUUUCUGAAUAGAACUGAUCUUAAAAGACAAAAAAACAAACAAAAAAAAAAGUAACUUUCAGAGGUGAUUUAAACAAUUAAAAAAAAAAAAAAAAAACUGAAAUAGACAUUUUGUGGUGCAGCCUGUAGGCCUGGGACUGAAAUGACGCUUUUCAGUAUCUGUGUAUCUUCUAACGCAGGCUACAACAUAACCUCCACUCCUAAAAUAAUUUCAUUUUUUUUUUUGUUUUAUCUUUCUUUGUUUUUUGGCCAGUCCGCCUGUCUUUCUUGUAUCAUUAUACACCUGUAGAUUAUAAGUGUACUAUUACUCUUCUUUCCCAACCCCCUCCCCCUCUCCCGACCCAUAUCUGCUAUAUGUCCUGGGGAAUAAAAAAAAUAAGAAAUAUUCGUUUGUCAAACGGACCCCAAAUUUGAAGGCAGACUCCAAAUAAUCGAGAGAAAAAAUUUCCUUGCCACUGUAGGGGUGGGUCCUGGCUCCGCCCCCCACCUCACUAUAUAACUAGCGUGACAACCUGUGAAAUGUAAUGAAUAAGCCGUUUGUGCUGUGUUCCUGGGCACCUCCAGAAUUUAAUAAUCAAUGUCAUUUAAACCAUA